AUGGCCUCUGAUGGCCUCAACAACUAUGCGUUUUUUGAGCACACGGCAGGCAGCGAAUGGUUGUUCGCCUUGGUCAACGCCAGAUUGGCCGAGAUCGUAGCAACUCUUCAACUAUCAUCGCCUCCUGACUCCGAAUCCGGCUGUCUAUUAGCCGACAUUGGCGACUAUCUCGUGCGAUGCAUUGUCGUUUUGUCUCGUGUGGCGGAGGAACUUGCAGACGGCGUCCAUGUCAGGAGAUACGCCACAGCCGGCAUUGAGUAUAUGGAAGAAGGCUCGGGCUUUUCAGACCUAGGGUUGCUCAGUUAUAUGGACAACAAGCAUAAAUCGUUACGACAACUUGCGGCAAGUAUUCGACUCGCAGCCGAAGAAGCAGAAACCCACUGGCAGCAGAGUCAGAAGCCCCCCGAAAUCACAAGAGAACUGGGAAGACGCCUCAGAUCCUCGAACUCUCCAGUGAACACGAACCACUCUGCGCAAAUGGGCGAUAUCGGGCAUGCUUCCGCUGGAUAUGCGGGCGGCCCUAGCCAACCUCGUUAUGCUGGGCUCGCCUCCGGAACAGCCACAGCCCUUGACACGGUAGACUCACCCAACUCCGAUGACUCCGUGUAUGACACGAUUCAAGAUUGCCUGAGAGAGCUCUCAUCAACACCAAGGGGUAAGGGCGAGCAUGUUUGUCCGCUCGGGACCCGUUGCAGCAAGGGGGGCGUGUCUGCGGAUGGGACCCUCAUCAGGUUUGAGCGGAAUUCGGCGUUCAAGGCGCAUCUCCAAAAACAUGAAAAGUCCUACAAAUGUGAUAUCCCAGGAUGCAAGAAUAAGAAGGGGUUCGCCAGGAUCGACCAGCUCCGCCGGCAUCAAGAGAUUGUGCCGCAUCAUCGGUAA